CAAUAAGAGGCUUAGAUAGUUGUAUUAUGUAAGUAGGCACUGAGUUGUAUUUCAAUGUUUGACUUGAGAUCGACGGGGAUUGUACUAGGUACCUAUUCGAGCCUGCUUACGUAGUCGUCCUCAACCCCCUGUCCUGAAACUAUUGACAAGUGUAGGCGACUUAAAAGCACAUGGAUUUGGAUCUGGACACUACAAGAUUGUUGCGAUGUAUCGUCAGAAUAGUAUCUGAUAUUACUAUGUACAUGUAGUCAAGUCAACUUGGAUUUGAAUUGAAGCGAACUUGUCGCAGUUUGUACUGCCGAUAAAAUCUACACUACUGUAUUGAGACAACAGGAAGGUUGCCUAAAGCAGACGAGUGCCGAGGCUUUCCCCAUCUUCCCCACGAAUGCCAAGCUUUGCGAUUUCCGAGUAUGUACAGGAGAUACUUAGGUAGAUAAAGACGACAGACGAGGAAAGACAGUAAAGUCUCAAGUAUAUCGGCACCUGGAUUUAGUAGUUAAUAUAAGUAUGAAGCCUUUCGAGCAGGCUGUCGAGGCCGCAAGCGCCGCGGAAGAGAUUCCAGGUGUGGUGCUCUUGGCCACUGAUAAGUCCGGGAAGUUCAAGUAUGGGAAGGCCUUCGGUAAACGAUCUGUGCGCGCCGGUGCAGAUCAAUCACCCCUCCAGCUUGACACUGUUAUGUGGAUUGCCUCUUGCACCAAGGUUGUGACAGCGCUGGCAGCUUUACAAUGCUGCGAGCGCGGCCUUCUGACGCUAGAUGGGCCAAUCUACGAUGUGCUGCCUGAGUUUCGCGGGUUGCCUAUAAUCAAGCGUUUCAAUAAGGAUGGCAGUCCUGUCCUAGAGCCGCAUUCGAAGCCCAUCACAUUGCGCCACAUGCUCAACCAUUCUUCGGGGAUCGCAUACGACGAGACUCACCCGAAGUUAUUAAAGUGGCAUCAGUGGCAUCGCACGGCACCUAACCGGUGCAACGCCGUCGAAGGGCGGUACGGCUACCCGCUUGUCUUCGAGCCUGGUGACUCAUGGUGCUACGGCGCGGGGGUGGAUUGGGCUGGUGUCGCGGUUGAGCGUGUGAACGGGGGCAUCAGCUUACAACGGUAUUUCGAAGAGAACAUCUUUAGCAAGGUCGGGGCCCGCGAUAUCGUAUUCUCAAGUCACUUGUACACGCGGCCAGAUCUACGAGCCAGGGUAGCGGAUAUGAGCAAGCGAGACCCCGCGAACCCGGCCAAGGUGAUCCGUAGCAACGCGAGGGCACAAUACAACGAAAGGGGUGGCUGUUUUGGUGGCCUGGGACUGUUCGCCACCCCUACGGAUUACCUGAAGAUCAUCAAGGGCAUUCUCACAACCGACGAGGAUCAGAGGUUACUUAGUACGAAAGGCGUAGAUGAGUUCUUCAGGCCUUGCCUCAGCGAGAAGGCCAAAGCGGCCCUGAACAGACUCGUGGCAGUGGAAGAGGCCCGGAUAGGGAUGGGAAACAUCCCGGCCACAGUGACGAAGAACUGGGCUCUGGGAGGCAUCGUCAACGAGGGGGAUGUUCCAGGCGGCAGAAGAGCAGGAUCGAUGACUUGGACAGGUCUACCAAAUCUAGCAUGGUUUGUGGACAGGACAUCAUCGCUAUGUGGACUUUAUGCGGGGCAGUUGUAUCCUCCGGGCGAUGCGAAGGUAGGAGAGCUACAGGGGUUAUUCGAGCAGGGGAUUUACGAGAUGCACUCCAAGGUCUCACCCAAGUUGUGAUGUUGUGAUGUGCAUACAUAGUAGAUCUACAUAUCAUCUACUAAGUACCUAACUGAGUGACUCAGUCUAUCUAUCCAUACCUCUGGUAGUUCAAACCCAGACAUGCAUGUGUUCCUCAGCCACUCACGAUAGCUUCAAAUGGUUUCCGAAUCUGGUUGCUGGUAUGAUAAAUUGGCCGAGCUGAUUGGGUGUAUUUCUUUCUGUACUUCACUGUUUGAACUUAAUAGAUCUACUUAGUGAGCUUAUUUAUAUGUAUAUGAGUUAGCGCACUAACCUAAGUAGGCAUUAAGUAUUGGCGAUAAGAUACGAUAUCGAUAAGAAAUUUUGGUUGCAGGAGAGCUAGCAAGCAGCCU